AUGCCCCCCAAAGCCGCUCGCGGGGCGGCCUCUACACGAGGAGCUCGCGCUGACUCGAGCGCCAACGCCUCCGCUGCCGGAGGCACAGAACAAAAUGCUCCCGUGGGAACAGACGCACCCGCAUCCGCGAAUCGAGCCCCAGUGCAACGCCUCAAAACCACAAAUAAGCGCGCAACAUCUGGUGGCAUUGGACCGGCCAGUCGACCACCAUCUGCACUUGGCGGCGAGCCAGUCAAGCCGGUUAUGAAGCACAGACCUAAAGCUGUUGGGCGUCGUAGCAAGCAAGAGCGAGAUGAUAUCGAGAGGAUUGAGAAGGAGCGCCACAAUGAACGUUUGAAGGAGGCGGCUGCCAUUCAGCGCGGACGGGGUGGGCCUCGUCGCGGUGGUUUCCGUGGUCGUGGUGGUCCUAUGGCCAUGAGCAUGGGUGGUGCCUUUGGAGGAAGAGGAGGGAAGCGCGGUCGUGGCGGCUUCGGUGGAGGUGGUGGUGGUGGUGGUGGAGGUGGAGGCGGCGGUGGUUUUGGUAUCGGCUCAGGGCGCGCCAGAUCUGGUAUUACUGGAGGACACCGUGGGCGCGCAUACGACUCCUCUGACGACGAGGAUAAUGCACUGCGCAUCAGCAUUGACCACAUCAACCUUGACAGCGAUGAGGAAUGGGACACACCUAAGGACCCCAAGGGCAAGCAACCUAGCCGUUCACACACCGAUCGUGCGCUUCGUCCAGUCCGUCUCGACAGACAUGAACACGAGGAGCGAGUCAUCAGUGUCAAUAUGGAGUCGAGUUCUGCUCGCACUGCCGAACUUCGCAAAAAGGCAGAGAAGGAGAAGCAGAGGAUCGAGAAGGAUGUUACCAAGACUCCGACGAAAGUCAAGGCAGAGCCCCGAGAUGACGACACAGCUAUGGCUGGUGGUAUUCCCCAGGCAGACGACGAUGGCUUCUUGCCGGAACACAACGUUCGCGUGCGCUCUGUGACUAUGAGCCCUACAAAGAGAGGUACAACGUCUCCCCAGUCAUCACCAACCACACCUGAGCCGGUGGACCCACGCAGUCUCCUGCACACGAAAGAAGAGAUCGACGAAUAUGAUCGUCACCAGGACGACUUGGUCAUCAUCAAGGACCUUCUCAUUCCCAAGCCCAAGACUACUGCGGAAAAAGAUACUACUGAACCCACCACCGAUGGCGCUGCGGAAGGAGAGACAGCCGCGGCCGAAGGACAAGAGGAGAAAAAUACCAGCGAGGAGGAUGAGGACGACAAUCCUCUUCUCGGUCAACUGUUCCUCAUGCAAUUCCCACCCAUGACUCCAAACCUCAGGAUCGCGGGCUCCACAACAGAGAACCGACAGCCAACCACACAGGAAGAACCGGCCCUUAAGACUGAGCCCGAAGUCAAGCGGGAAGCAGGCGACGACGUGGAGAUUGUGGAGACCUCCCAACCCACAGAAAAUCAACAAACAGAUAUAAUCACAGCCGGAAAGCCAUGGGACCUGCCCAAUGGCCGUGUCGGCAAACUGAAUGUGCACAAAUCAGGCCGUGUAACUUUGGACUGGGGUGGCAUCAGCAUGGAGCUGGACCGAGGAGCACCUGUCGGCUUUGUUCAAGAGGCUGUCGUCGUUCAGGAGAAUGAAGAUGAGAAUCUAGAUGCGUCAAACAACAAGGCAUAUUCGAUGGGUCAAUUGUCUGGCAAGUUUACGCUCACGCCAAACUGGGAUGCAAUGCUUUAA